AUGUCAGGCACAUCAAAGCUGCGAUGGGCCCUCUAUGACGGCGUCUACCAGCCCGCGCUACACAUUCCGGCAGAGGAGAUUACCGAGACGGAGCUACCGCAGGGUUACUCAGCUGUAUACCUGCUCGGGCUUGACAGCACUGUAAUGGUUCCUGACGUGGACCUCAGCCCCUACGACCCCCAGGAUACUGCCAAGGCAUCGCACCCGGCGGCCGCGCUUGGUGUGGCAACGGCGCAGCAGAUUCUCGAGGGCUUUCAGGCUAGCGAAGACGACAGCACCGUGGGGAACCGACACGCACAAGAGUGGCAGCACGAGAACGAGGCAGGGGGUCCCUCGGACACCUUCCUGCUCGCGGAUGACGAUGAUGGCGACCAUCUGUACGGUCGCCGCAGCAGCAGCCGCCAGCGUCAUAAAGAGGAGAAGCAGCGGAAGAAAGAGAAGAAGGCGGCCAAGGAGGCGAAGAAGGCGGCCAAGGCGACCAUCAAGCGCGAGCGCGAGGAGGUCACGUCCGUGCAGACGGUGCACCACCGCGACUUCGACGACGAGACCGACGGUGACGACAACGAUGAUGAUGAGAAUGAGCUUCUCGCGGCGACGGCAAUCGAAAACAAGUACAAGGGCGAGCGCGGUGGCGGCUGGGCCAGUGGAAGGGACGAUGCCCCGGCGAGCAGCGGUAAGAAAAGCAGCACGAAGAAGGAGCGUGAUGAUGGCGCGUGGGCGGCGCUGGAAGCCGAGCUCUUCUCCGAUGAGGAGGGCGAGGACGAGAAUCGAGAAGGCGACGCAGUUGGUCGGUACACUGCCAGCGGUGCUCAGCGACAGCAGCGCGGGCUCGGCACGGGACGCCGUAUGGGGCAGGCGCUCUCAGCGCUGAAUUGGAGCCGGGUGGCGCCCAACAUUCCAGGCCUCUCAACGUCGUGCCCCUACGCGCACGAAUACCUCAUGGAGAUCGACUACGAGUACCAGCAGCUGGCGCAGGAGGCGGCCAGCGAGGGGCUAUUGCUGACGAAACAAGAGGGCGAGGUUGUGCGCGAGAUUGACGCGGAGCUGCGCCGCAAGGCAGCGGAGCGGGUGUACCUUCAGUCGGUGCUGGUGCAGCGCCUUCAGCAGCAGCAGCAGGAGGAGGGGGAGACGUCAACGGCUGGGAGCAACGAGGUGGAUGCGCUGUCGGAAGCAAU